AUGAUCAAAAGAUCCCUUCUAGAAUUGCAUGAAAGAGCCAAGCCUGAUGAUAACAAAAAGUUGAUAAUAGACGGUUGUGAAGUUGCAGUAGUAUAUUAUCGUUCUGGUUAUACACCAAACGAUUACCCUACAGAAGACGUAUGGGCUACAAGAUUACUUGUCGAGAGAUCACUUGCUAUCAAAUGUCCCACUGCUGCCUUGCAUCUGUUGACAACCAAGAAAAUGCAGCAAGUCCUGGCGAAGCCUGGAGUCCUUGAAAGGUUUAUAUCUGAUGAAGGUUCUUUACAAAGAAUUAGAAAAACAUUUACGGGUCUCUACACACUAGAUGAGGGUAUUGAGGGAGAUCAGAAUGUCGAGAUGGCUCUACAAGACCCAAGAAAAUACGUACUUAAACCACAGAGAGAAGGGGGAGGUAAGAAAUGUUCAUCAUUGCCCGUUCUAUAA